AUGCCCGAGUUAAAGAAAUAUUUGGGUAAAGUCUACCUAUGGCAAUAUGUCCCUAGUCUCAUCGGAUCAAUCAUCUUCACGCUUCUCUUCGCCCUUGCAACCAUAGCCGUUGGACAUAAAAUGCACAAGUCGAAAACUCGCUUCUGUCUUCCCUUCUUCCUCGGUGGCGUCUUCGAAGUACUGGGCUACUUCUUCCGAGCUCUAUGCUACAACGCCACCGACUCGCUCCCUCUCAACAUCAUGCAAGCACUCUUUCUUCUGCUACCACCCGUGUUCUUCGCAGCGACGCUAUACAUGGUCUAUUCUCGUUUAGUCCGGGCUGUCGGUGGAGAAAGCUGUUCUCUCAUCUCUGUUCGCUGGACGACUCGGCUUUUCGUUCUUGGAGAUGUUCUCACGUUCAAUAUCCAGGGCAAUGGUGGUGGAUUGCUCGCGAAUGCGGAUUUGGUUCACAUCGGAAACAUCAUCGUUAUUACCGGCCUUAUCGCCCAGAUCCUACUCUUCCUUGCCUUUGUAGCCUGCUGCGUUGUUUUCCAUCGAAGGUUCAGGGUUCAUUUGAGGCACACUAGCAUGCCAGUUGCAAUCCGUUGGGAGGCAUACCUGAAUAUGCUUUACUUCACAUCAGCUCUCAUUCUUGUUCGAAAUAUCUUUCGAGUCGUUGAGUUUGCAAUGGAUAAGGAGGGAUAUUUGCAGCAGAAGGAAUGGCCAACUUUUGUAUUUGACUCGGUUUUGAUGCUUUUGGUCAUGGCUGCGUUUUAUACGAGAUAUCCUGACAAUCUUCAGCCGUAUUCGAGACACUCGGCGAUUGAGCUCGUGCCGAAGGAUGAAACUCGGUCUGGAGAAGUUGGUGCUUCGAAUCAGAUGAGUGCAGAUAGGUACUGA